AUGGAUCCUCCCCAACAAUUGACACCCGCCCUCUCCGUCGACGACUUACCAGCACUAUCUGACAGCGAAUCCUCAUCCGGCAUCCCAGCAGAACAAGUAGACGUAAUCAGAAGUAUCGUCAACAAAUGGCACAAAAAGCCCUUGCAAAUAGCCAACGACAUUGUGUCAGCAUUGGUAACAUUCCACCCCACUACCACAAGAAAAGAGCUAACACUAUUCCAGGAAGGCGGUGAUCACACCCACAUCCCUCUGAUCGUCCGCAACGGAGACAAUCAAGAAGUAGUCGUCUGGGCCAAAUGCGACACGGGCGCAUGCGCAAACUUCAUAACCAUGGCCCUCGUCCGAAAACUCAAACUCGAAUACAGUCUCCAAAAAAUCGACGACUACGAAGCCGCAAAGAAUCUCGAAUCUCCUCCUCGCGAUCAUCUAGGUGUGGGUUUGAUCAAANAAGUAUGCAGCUUCGAAGACAGAGAAGUCAGCAUAAACUACAUCCUCUCCCUAAACUUUGCCGCUGGAAAGUUCAGAAAGCAACAUGAAAAAGUCGAGUUUGAGGUUUUGGAGAUUGGGGAUGGGUUCACGAGUCCUGCGUCGAAUGAAAAGACGGAUCUGUUCUUGGGGGCGAGUUGGUUGUUCAAGAAUGAAGUCUUCAUGUUGAGGAAGAGUUAUUAUGUGGAUCCGCCAAAGGAUUUGCCGGUGGUGGAGACGGUGCCUACGCAGGACAGUGAGUUGACACCGAUUGCAAGACCUUCGAGUGGCAUCUACAUGCCGAGGGGAACCCCUUCGAUCAAGCUCAGUGCCAGUCCGGCACCUCCUAGGUUGCCGAGAGGACGUAUGGCCUAG